AGCUGCCCGCGGGGCUGGGUGGCACCGGGGGGCAGCCCCCCGGGGGUGCUCGGGAUGGGCGCAGGGGAUGCAGGAGGAGGUGACGGGGUUGGGUGCGGAGGGCGGGCACGCUCCGCCACCCCCCUGUUUGCCUUGCCCCCCCUCCCCCCCCCCCCCAAACCGACAGCAAAUGCUGGGAAAGGGCCCUCGGAGGCUUUCACGCCCCCUCCCCGGCUCUUAUCCGGGCUGGGCAAACAGAGCUCGAGUGGCACCUUGGCAGCCCCAGCGCCCCCCGAGGACCCUAUAAAUCCCCGGCUCCGGCUGGCAGAGGGACAGGAGCUGCACGGCGAGGGCGGAGAUGGACGGCAGCUCCAAGGAGGCGCUGAUAGAGGAGGCCCCCCCGGAGUACACGGCCUCCCCGCGCCUGCCCUGCGUCCCCCACCAGCUGAAGUGCCUCCUGAUCGUGGUGGUGGUGGUCGUCCUCCUGGUGGUGGUCGUCGUGGCCUUCCUCCUGCUGGGGCUGCACCUCACCGAGACGCACGCCGAGACGGUUUUGCGAAUGACCAUCCACGGGCUGGGCUCCGGAGGGUCCCCCCAGCACCUCUCCAUGAGCAAGAAGGAAAGGAUCGGGACGUUCGCCGUGGCCGACGGGCUCAAUUCCUCCGCCGUGGUGGUGUACGACUACGGCAAGCUGCUGGUCAGCUACAGGUCCUGGCUGCACCGCGUCUGCUACAUCACCCGUGUGGACAAGGACGGCAUCCCCGGGCUGGACGCCGUCACCGAGGUUUUCCAGCGGCGGCAGGGUGAGAGGAAGGAUGGUGCUGAGCCCCUGGCUGACCGCUCCAUCCUGGGCACCACCGCCAACGUCCUCUGCAGCACCGUCCCCGUUUACUGGACCUAGCACGGGAUGGGGAUGAGGCAGGGAUGUCCCCGCCGUCCCCGUGUCCCCUGUGGUGCCCCCCCGGGCAGGGCAGCGCCCAGGCUCCUUCCUCCUCCUCCUCCUGCUCAUCGGCCUCAUCCUGCGUGCGGCCUCGGCACCGCGUGGUGCUUGCAAUAAAUGAGCGGGGUUUGCUUUGGGACGCGUGCUUCUGUUGGCAAAGUAAAGCUGUC